AAAUGAGUGCAGACAUAACAACUCAAAGUCUUUGGGAUGACUCCUUCUGAACUGUCUCCGAGUACUACAGUCAGUCUCCGUCUACAAAUGAUGUGUACAAGUGGCACAGCAGCGAGAGCAUCCUAACUAAUAGUCAAGAGCUUAGGAGUUCAAGGAAAGAAGAGAUGAGCAUAAAUAAGACGAACACAUGCAGCAUAAAAGAACCCAAGAUAAGAUAUUUUCAUAAAAUUACAAGCUCAUGAGAAGUCUCUUCCAAAUCGAGAGAGUGUUCUACCUCUAAAAAUAUCGAAAGUAUUCAGGGACUUGUUGCAAAUACUAUGAGAUCGAAUAAACUCGGUUGUUCCAAAUUUCGUUCAGGUCAACUAAAACUAUCAGAAUUGAAAUCGAAGAGCUGGAAAGAAAGAUGAAAUCAUAACCAAACGAUUGAUUCUCCUAGGCUGCUAAUGAGUUUGAGAAAAUAACCCCAAGUCCAGUAUUUUCA